AAGAACUGUCAAGGCAUGUACGCAUUUUGUACAAAUUUACAUAAAGAAAAAACAUAAAAAAUCAUAAUAAUGAAAUAUUUAAUGUUGUUAGUUAAUUAUAUUUUCGUAUUGUACAAUGUCAAUCAUGUUCUUUGUAAGAGUAUGGUGCCUGUUAUCUCUUUGGACACGAAAGCCAAUAACGUGGUCAACAAUGAGAAUAAGACACAAGAGACUUUGAAGUACCUUCCUUUCAUAAUGCUGAUAGAUAAAGACAUGGAUACCAGCGAGUAUUGGCGGGAGACGGAGAUUCUGUCCCUCGUGAGGAACAACGAAGUGGGGAUUGACUAUGACAAGUGUGAACAGAGCGCUCUAGACCGCAGUGUCGUGCAGAUCAACAGUUUAAGGACUGUUAGGCCUAUUUGUAGGACUAGAAUCGAUUACCAGCUGUGCCCGCAGUGCCCUCAUUUCAAUAACCACACGGAAUGUGAACUUUUCCGGGAUUCUUGCAAAGAACGUAAAGUGAAUCCAUCAGAAUACAGAACUUACUGCGACCGUAAAUAUGGAAAAUGGCGGUCCAUGUUCGUACCAGCUGAUUACUCACAAUGUCGAUGUUGUGAUGAGUGCAUAUUUUAUAGAGAAUUGGACCAAUCUUGUGUCGAAGAUGAAUACAGUUUCGACACUGAAGAGUUUUUACCCACCACAACAAUAGAUUUCAGGGCCGGUUGCAAUCCAUAUUGGGGUCAUCCUGAGCAAGAGUUCAGAGCUUUGAGAUGCGAUAAAAUACUGAGGAGGUGUGUUCCCGUCACGAUACCACAGCUACCAAAUGAAACUCUGAAUAUCCGUCGUAGCUUCCGCUACGAGGCUACUACGAACGAGGACUGUCCGAUCUCGUGCCGCGGCUACGAGUGCAGAGCAGGUUUGGUCAAAGAGAAGGACUGCGUGCUCGGAGGCUUUCUGCCCGAUAAGGAGCAGUGCAACUGCUGCGGCAGAUGCAGCGUGUACCAUCAAUUGAAUGAAAAGUGUGCGGAAUUCAAGAAGACAUACCAGAAAGUUAACAAUACGGUUGAGAUAGAGGUGGAAGAGGAGUUCCUGGAGCCGGGCUGUGACGACGGGCUGGUCUGCCGCCAGGGUCGAUGCCAGGACAUACAUACCGUGCGCUCCAAUGUCGGCGUCAGGCGCAAGAGAGAUGAGCAAGAAUCUAUGGCGAAUGAGCCUUGCAAGCGAGAGCUGAAGUACUUCAAGAAGAAGUUUGGUCCGGACGGUCACUUGCAUUACAAUGCACCGCAGUGCACUCCCUUGUGGCUAUAUGCCCCUGUGCAGUGUCGCCGCUUCGUAUGUUACUGCGCGCUUGAAGAUGGCAGUUUUAUCCUGGGCAUUAAAGUACCUCGAAUUGAAGUCUCCAAUAUGAACUGCGAUUGUGCUCGGGAGAGGUGUCGCACAGGAUCCGAUGUGGAGUGCGAUGGCUACGGGAACUAUAAGGAGGCCGUGUUUACUCCGCAUCUCGACGAGUGGCAGGAUGGCGACGACAAAAUUGAAGGUAGUGGCCCAGCUGACGUCGGUGGCCGUGGCGCCCGAAGACCCGCACACGCGGAGCACCACUCCUGACGUGUCCGCCAUGCUGCAUUACAAUACACGAUGAUUGAUUCUUUA